CUGGUGUUUUGCAGCCAGUCUCUGUCUUUGCCUCUAGAAGGAUGUCUUCUGACUGCUCCUCCAUGCCCUGCUCUCCUGAGUCCUGUACCAGGGCUUCCUGUUGUGCACCUGCCUCAAGCUGUUCCAUGGAGACAGCUUGUCUCCCUGGUUCCUGUGGUGCAUCCCGAUGUCAGACCCCUAGCUUCCUCUCCAGGUCUCUCGGGCUGACCGGUUGCCUCCUGCCAUGCUACUUUACUGGGAGUUGUAGUAGUCCCUGCUUGGUGGGGAACUGUGCCUGGUGUGAGGAUGGAGUGUUCACUAGCAAUGAGAAGGAGACGAUGCAGUUCCUGAAUGACAGACUCGCCAACUAUCUGGAGAAGGUGCGCAGCCUGGAGGAGACCAAUGCAGAGCUGGAAUCCAGGAUCCAAGAGCAAUGUGAACAGGAUAUCCCACUGGUGUGCCCCGAUUAUCAGUGUUACUUCAAUACCAUUGAAGAUCUCCAACAAAAGAUCCUAUGCACGAAGGCAGAGAAUUCUAGACUUGCUGUACAGCUUGACAACUGCAAACUGGCCACUGAGGAUUUUAAGUCAAAGUACGACAGUGAACUGUCCCUUCGCCAGCUGUUGGAGGCUGACAUCAGCGGCCUGCGUGGGAUCCUGGGUGAGCUGACCUUGUGCAAAUCCAACCUGGAGGCCCAUGUGGAGUCUCUGAAGGAAGAUCUCCUUUGCCUUAAGAAAACCCAUGAAGAGGAAGUCAACUUGCUUCGUGGACAGCUUGGCGACCGCCUCAGUGUGGAGCUAGAUACUGCCCCCACCCUUGACCUCAACAGGGUCCUGGAUGAGAUGCGCUGUCAGUAUGAAACGGUGCUCGCCAACAAUCGCAGAGAAGCAGAAGAAUGGUUCGCUGUUCAGACAGAAGAGCUGAAUCAGCAGCAACUGUCCAGCACGGAGCAGCUGCAGGGCUGCCAGAUGGAGAUCUUGGAACUGAAACGCACAGCCAAUGCUCUGGAAAUUGAGCUCCAAGCACAGCAAAGUCUGACAGAAUCUCUGGAAUGUACCGUGGCAGAAACUGAGGCCCAGUACAGCUCCCAGCUGGACCAGAUUCAGUGCCUGAUCGAUAACGUGGAGAACCAGCUGGCUGAGAUCCGCUGUGACCUGGAGAGACAGAACCAGGAGUACCAAGUGCUGCUGGAUGUGAAGGCCCGGCUGGAGGGUGAAAUCAACACAUACCGGGGCCUGCUGGACAGUGAGGACAGCAGGCUUUCCUGUAACACAUGUUCGACCACAUGCACACCGAGCGACGCUUGCGAGCCAUGCUCAGCCUAUGUAAUCUGCACAGUUGAAAACUGCUGUUUGUGAAUGUGAAGGACAGCAGGUGGAGGAACCAAAGCCAGCAGCGUCCUGGAAAGGAGAUGGGGCUUCAAGCAGGGACGCCCGAACUGGAAGCACAAGUCCAGGGGGCUUUCAUAUCCUGGAAUUGCCCUCCAGGCAUCCUCUGCUAUACCAUUUCCUCUCCUCCUGGCUUAUGUGUGGUAUGCUGGGAGCCCAUAAAGCAUUCUUGCAGAUCUCCAGAUAAAAAGUGUUUUAUUCCUGUAGCAUGGUAAGUAUAGCUCUGUGGCUGAUUGCUGUUGAUGGAAUAUUCAUGGAAAGGGAAUCAUCUAAACCCAUAACCAUAGUUUCAAUGUACAUAAACCAAGGCUGAAAACAUUUUUUAACCCCUCAGAUACAAAUAAAUUAAUGAACCCAUGCAAAAUGUCAUAUAUCUUAGAAGAUAGUUGUAUGUAUCUUUCUGAGAGAAAAUCUAGGAAUAAAAUGUGA